AUGUCUAACCAGCAGGAUCACAUCGCAGCCCACCUACUGAGCAGCAAGUCACUCCCUGUUUCCCCGACCUGGCUACACAAUUUUCUCUCCUCCUCCUCCUCCUCCUCCUUCUCCAGCACUUCGCAACGCAACAUCCCCAUCUCCGCUCUGACACAAACCGCUCUGUUCCGGAUUCUUAAUUCGGAUUUCCGCCAAUCUCUCGUGGCAAGAAACGACUCCACCGUCUUACCCACUGACGCGUACGAUCCCCACGUCCAAGAACGAUGCAUUCGCGGUCCGAUUCCCGUGCAGGUGCUGGACAUCGAGGAUAUCGGCACGAGUCUCUGGAACCAGGUUGAGGAAAUCGAACGCGUUGAACGGGGAGAAGCGAUCCGGGGCCGACAAAUUGUGCGCACUGUUACUGUAGGCGAGGAGAACCAGGACAGCGCCCCCGCUGCUGGUGCAGGUGCAAGUGACAGCCACGGGCCCCAUAGGCUGAUUAUCCAAGAUGCCGCUGGAACGAGAGCUGUAGCUAUUGAGAUGCAGCGAGUUAAUGGGAUUGCUGUCAACAAGCUUCCCAUCGGUGCAAAGUUGCUCUUGCGAAAUGUGACGGCGGCUCGUGGCAUGAUCUUACUGACACCCGAGAAUGUGACGAUCCUUGGGGGGAAAAUAGAUUCGAUGGAUCAAGCCUGGAGGCUUGGUAGAAAGGCAAGACUUCUGGAGAAAGUCCCUGGUCCUGGCGGUGAUCGUCUUGCAGGUUGA